GAGGAAGAGGAGCCGGAGCCCGCGGAGAUUUUGCUGUACCCCGGGGUGCAGAUGAUGGGACGGGGAUGCGGUAACGUCCUCUCCAAGGCGGUCUCCCGGCAGCAGUUUACCCUGACGGUGGUCAAGGACAAGGUGCGGAUGAAGGCGCUGAGGGACGGACCGGGAUACAUGAAGGACGGGGUCGGUAGGUUCGAGCCUCUCAAGAUGGGCAAGGCUGUCGUGCUCACGGUGGGCGACAAGGUGGUGUUUCGGAUGCGCGAGGGUAAGCAGGGCGGUCACCUCGGCGUGCACACGAUCCUGGACGAGGGCGGCGAGGAGAAGGAGGUUGGAUGGCUGGAGAGCAUCCGGAUCCAGCUCGGGUGCUGAGACGUCACGAGGAGCCGAGACGAUUCGCGGCGGUGUUUCAAGAUGACACAGUUCACG